AGUGCUGUAGAGCUGGCGGUGGCGAACUCAUCAGAUCUGUAAAUGGCGCUCUCCUCCGUUCUCCUUGUUUGCUCUCUCCUCUUCGUUUUCUGUCCGGCAUUCGCAGUGGAUAGCAAGAAUAACCCGGCUGACAAACUGGUGGCUGUGAUCAAUGCAAACCGAACCGCCGGCAAGUUCACCGCACUCUUCGACAACCCUGGGCUUGGCUGCAUUGCUCUGCAGUACAUAAAAGGCUAUGAAGGCCAAUGUAGUGAAGUUGGUGACAUGAAAAAGCCCCCAGAUUCUGACUUUGCAGACAAAUUUGCUCCCAACUGUGGUGUCCUAGCCCAGACUCUUACUCCCAUCACUGGUCGCUUUCUUGGUUGCCAAUCCAAAUAUGUUUCUCCCGAUGAAGCCUUCUCCAGUUUCAUCAUCCAGAAUUCAGAGAGUCUUAAGAUCCUUCAUGAUAAAAACCACACAGAGGUCGGUGCAGCUGUAAGUGGCACUGAUGGCGGGUCACCAUACUUUUGGUGUGUUCUGUUUAGCAAUGGCAAGAGGAACAGUAGUUUUGCCUUUGAGAAUGGGCAGGCAAAGUCAGUUCAUCCUGGUUGCUUCAGCGGGAACAAUGAUGAUUGUAGUGCUUCAACCAGGCUAGCGAUCAGUGGCUGUGGGAUCUGGCCAUUGCUUGCUGUGGUUUUCUUUGGAGUGCUUUAUGUUCUUUGAUUGGAUUUCUGGUAUUAUUAUUAUUUUGAGGGAUUUACAUUCAUACCACAGAAUUCUUUUAUAUUUUUAUAUCUAUCACUUAAAUCUUCGUAUUUAUUUCAAUUUCUUAAAUGAAUUUUUUUUUUCAGAUAUUACAAAGAUUUAAAUGUUAAAUAUGUAAUUAUAAGAGAAUUAUGUGAUGUGUUUGUGGAACCUAUUCUUUUUCAUUCUUUCAAUUUAUUUGGGUGAACAAUUACAGUUGUUUUCUGUUUGUUC